AUCAUGCACCAGCAACCAUCGCAUCGAUAAACACCCACAAAAGGUGGUCGCGUUUUGAGUUCGAAAACUUCUUUCCAGCAUCCUAGUGCUGGAUUCGGGCCUCCAUUCAGGCUCUGAAAAGUACCUGCGAAAUCACAACACUGUCGGGAGGAUCACCCGUUUCACCCAGAGUUGGAUACACAUUACCAAAUGUGUCUCGCUAAAUUCGCUAAGUAGUACUCGUUGUCCAACGCCCCCUUUCUAUCCAUCCAUCCAAGCAUGCAUCAAUCCAUGGAUCAAACACACACUCAUCAGACGGACACCUUUGCCGUCAGGUUCAGUCCGGUUGGAAACUCCUUCAUGGACGGCUAACUUGAUCGGGCUAGCCAGUCUGGCCAGCCAUCCAGCGAGAGCGAGUGGAUCGGGCAACGCUUUAGUUCUCGUAGUCGCUUCUGGAUCUGGAGUGCCUUUUGAAACGUCAUAUUGUUCGAUUGUGAUAUUGGCUGAAACACAUGGAACAUGGAGUUUAUUUUUGUCGUCGUGCUUGAAAAAAAAAAUCGAUGAAUGUGCUAGUGCUGGCCAGAGUUCUUGGCUGAAAAAGUGAAGAUUUAUGUCCAUGGCUGAUGGAAAUGUCAUCUCAUCUCAUCUUUUCCUUCGAAUUGGGUCAAUGGGUAAGAUAAGUCUACAUGGCUAUCGACUGACUAGUCCAGAGUCACGAAAGGACGAAGCUUCCACGAACAUCAGUCCAAGUCCCUCCUCCCUCCUUGCAGUCUGCUCUUUGAUGUAGCUUGGCUACUCUAUCCUGGAUGGAGACAUGUCAUUAUUCAUUAUGCGAUCGAUAGUGUCCGUCGGAUAAAGUGAAGUGUUAUGCAAAUUCUCUCUUUGAAGCCAGAGUGUAAUUCUGCAAAUAAGUGAACUCAUUGAAAUGGUGGAAUGCGAGGGGUUGGUGCUAUUGAUUCCCUCCAUGCGAGUCAGUAAGAAUAUCAACUCUCUCCCACAAGCCUUUCGUCUCGGUUGAGAGAAACCCAUUGUCGAUAGACAGAUAGAUAGUGUGCCAUCAAAAUGAGGGCUCCCCUCGAAAGUGUUAGCGUUUUAUUGCCCUUCAUUGUUGGGUUGGUGGGGUGUCUGAAUCCAACUCCCAAUGGAAAUCCAAAGCAAAGUAGCGAGAUCCAAUCGCCUGGAAAGGCAUCAUCUCUCACUCUGAACUCGCCCAGAUUGGAAGAAGAACGAGAUGAAGAGGCGUUGAGCGAUGGGCAGAGGGCACCCUUGAGCCAGCCACUUGCCGAUGGGAACAAUAUCUCCAUAUCCUUGGCAUUUGUCUUUGAUCUCGUUCAUGCCCAGGCCUGUCACCAGUUCGGGAAUGGCCUCCAAGCGAUCGAAGAGCUCCAAGGCGGUGAGCAGUUGGCCAAAGUGGCCCAAUGGACCCUAUCUACACUGAAGAAACUAAGACCCGAGUUCGCCUUGAUCGUGGAUGCCAUUGACUUGUACUCGAUUGACACCUGUGGUAAUUUGAGUUAUUCGUUGGCCAAGAUCCUGUCUAUUGCUUCCCAAGAGCGCCUUCUUCAGAACCCAGACGGACUUUUCACGUGGAACGAUUCGUUGUGGAACCAAAGCUUUGCUAAUCAGACAUUCGUCCAAAAACAGGAGUCUGAAUGUCAAACCAAUCUAUUCUCAGGCUUCUACCUUGCUACCAAUCUGGCACAAGAUAUUGGCCGCCAACUCAAAGUACUGCCUUCCUUUCCUUUGAAUUUGGUGGGUGAAGGUGACCUUUAUUUUGACACGGAGACCUUUUUAGCCUACGUGUCACUUCUGAAACGACUCAAAUGGUAUCAUGUCGUGGUUUUGGCGGAGAAUGAGCUCAUCAUCGGUCAAUUCACUGAUGUUGCCACUCAGGAUGAGAUAUGUAUUGUGGACUCGAUCGCAAUGGACACUCACAGGGACGAGUUCGGCAUGCACUCGGGACCCUUUGGCCACAACUCCACGUGGAACUUUGGGACUUCGAACAUCGUUUAUCUUGGUCGCCCAUCGCGUGUUUCUCAGUUGCUCAGUCAACAUUCGAGAGAAGGUUCCCAUUGGAUUUUGCCUUUCAUGCCUUCUUCCCACUUGGAGGAACUUUUCCCACAAGGCCAGCCAAACUACUUCAAGCGAUUGUACUUCGUUCAAAAGAACAUACGUCGCCUCCCGGACUUUUGGAUCGACAACGGUUUGGAGAACUCCUCUACCUCGUCUUCAUCUCUGCAUCCUUUGUCAAUGCCUAUGGCUUUUGAGGACAAUCGGGCUUGGAAUGUGUCAAAGGCCAUCGUAUCUACGGUCUUGCAUUUCAAUGAGGCCAUCGCCAAAGGCCAAAAACCAUCACCGUCAAGCUCGAAAUCUUGUGUUCGCAAUCUAAGUCAUGACAUGCCAACCGUGAUGAGCGAUUCUCAGUUUCAACGGGUUCUCAAUCUCUCGUCAAGUGAGACAAUUUCAAAAGCGGUUUUCUCCAUUUACCAGAUGAACUCAAGCGGAGAGUUGGAAGGCAUCGGUGAGUUCUUUCCACAUUCGAGGAAACUCACACUCUUGCCUCACUUCCAAGAGUCGAUCCUCAUCUCGGACUUGGUGUACCUUCCAAAUUUCCCGAUUGGGCCUUGGGAGGAGGACUUUCGUUGUGUGAAUCUACCUGUCUAUUCUCUGGCUCAGACACGAAUGUUGGCUCCAUCAUUCAAAAUGGAACCUUGGAUCAUUAUCCUAAUCACUAUUGGCUCGGUGGGCAUAGUGGUGGCCGUGUCCAUCAUGCUUUACAUACUCAGUAAAGUGUGUGCCGAGGUGGUGGAUGGGUCGCAGUCGCUCUCAAUUGUUUUUCUGGCGGCCAUUGUUUUCAUGUACGGCUGUGUGGUUCCCUUCGGAUUCUAUCCAGACCCUCUGAUCUGUUUACUUCGCCUGUAUGGAACGCGAUUGGCGUAUGCACUGGUCUUUGCCGUACUGCUCUCACGCUCGUUGAUGUUGGCCACGGCGGAUAUUGACGGACUCCCUGGACACGUGAGCGGCUUAAUUCAGGCAUUUCUUCUCAUCAUGAUGACUGGAUUCCAAGUGGGUCUGUCCACCCAAGAAUGGUUCCUACGGGAGCAAUCAUUCACCAUGCUGACCAUCGCUGGCCGCUACGAACAAUUGGAAUGUGCAGACAAAGGGAUUUCCGUCAUUGUGAGCCUAUCGUAUGUCAUGAUCCUGCUUCUCCUUCAACUCAUCAUUUCGCCUUUCAUUGUGUCCUCGAGACGGAACUACAAAGAGGGAUUUCUUUUUUGCCUGGCCUCCGUGGUGUGCUUGAUCUUGUGGUUGGGCUGGACUAUUUCGUAUGUCAUUUUCGGGGCCAUCCUAGACCCUGUUUGGUACGACAUCAUUGAGUGCAUUGGUCUCACUGCCACAGCCACUUGUCUGCUCCUGGUCAUCUUCAUUCCCAAGUGCUAUAUGAUGGCCACGCCUCCAUAUAUCAAGUCUAAUGGAACCACACGACAUCCCAAUAGUUCCGUGAGUCUACAGAGAAUUAAUGACAUUUCAACGGCAGGAUCAUCGAGUUCCACCUCGGACUGUACGCAAAUGACCCCUGCCAAUAGCCACCAGAACAACUUGCAAGUCCUUGGAACCACGACCACUUGCUCCACCACUGAAGACCGUGGUUAUCCACCCGGGAACGAUUACUUGAGCCCAAGUGAUUUGUACGACUCAUUGAAAGGUACAUUUAUAGCGUGUUUUCUUUAUUAUAUUGGAGACGUCUUGAUCCAAUGGCGUGGGUGAAAAAAAAAUGUCAAAUUUAUUACUGCUUUCUACAGACUUCUAGAAAUAUGGACCUGGCAUGGAAGUUAUUCUUUUUAUCUAUUGGACUAUUCAUUUUCUUCAUUGAAAAAUGAGCUCUGAAUUUGUGCCUAGAACCAGUCUUAUAGAACUGGAGAGAGGUAGUCAAAAAUAUGUGUUAAAGGCUACAUAAAUUCGUAUGUUCUAUUGGUGAGCUACGUAAACUUUUGACAAUAUAUGUUUUUAGAAGCAAAUUAUACACUAGACCAAGGACACUAAAGCAAGGAAACGCCACUUUUUUGUGAUCACUAAACCUUUCACGCCAAGUAAGGCCUAAACUUCUGCUGCUGAAAUUUUUAAAUGUCAAUUAUUGGCAUAAAUAUUGCACAAAGAAUGUGACUAAUAUCGUUUUCGUAACCAUUGAUGGUAUGUGCUUAAAACCAGGCAUAUAAAUAUACUUAAAAUGACUUUAAACAUGUCUUAAAGUGCAAUAACUGAAAAGUACUUUUUAGAUUUUCUUGAUAAAGCAAGAAUUUGCUCUAAACACA